UAUAACAUACCCCAACAUCCUCGACUCACCUGAGAUCAUGGUCAUGUGACACGGUCGGACGGACGAAAAGCGGACGAAUUUGCGGACGAACAAAGCUUCGAAGUCAUGAUAUAUUUCUAUUUUGGUCAGUCACCAAUGAGUGCAUAUUCCAGUGGACUACCAAAAGGGCCAGUUUCCCAUUUCUCAUGUCAAUUAUCGACUACAGGCCUUGUGUCACUCCACCAUAAGAUUCACGAUCCCUGUCACACCUUCUCGUCCGGUCGUCACGGCCGAACACAGCAAAAUGGACGAACCGGAAUUAUCUCUCAGACAGAAGAAAUUGAGGAAAGGAACCAAGAACUGCAUUGAAUGUCGUCGACGCAAGAUCCGUUGCACAUACCCUAGAGACUCAGCCAUCUGCUCGCCGUGCCUAACUCGUGGGUCUCGGUGCAGGAGCCAACAUGACAGGCUCUUUCCGGAUUCCGACAUCGAGACUAUGUCUCUGCGUGAUAGAGUCGCUCGUCUUGAAUCAAUGCUUGAGACCGUCCUCCAACGACUACCAAAUGAUAAUUCACAGGAGUCCCGAGAGAUACUAUCAAAUGAGAACCUUAGUGACGCAGAAGAUGUUUCUGCUAAAGAUAUUACUGCUUCAUGGGAUCAUCUCGAUCCUCGAGCUCCAUUCGUGUCUAUACUUGACGAUGCUGAGCUGCUAUCCCCGGCAAUAGGUAGUAACGAUUGUUCCAAAGCACGAACCGAUCACAGCUAUUCGACGCCAGGAUCAUCGUCGACUACGAAGUCGACAGUCUUUGCUGUGAAAAGCUUUGACACGAAUCAGGUCAGGCAGUAUGAACAGAAGAGCAAGAAAGUCUGCGAAAGGUUGAGGUCUUCGCUUCCAGUGUACGAUGAAAUGAUAUCAGCUCUCAAACUCAAUGGAUCAUGGUGGUACCAUUUCCACCGUAAAACUCAUCCUAGUGCUAAAGUAAAGGAAUCUCUUGCUUCAUAUGCUUCGCACUUAUACAUCAGUACCAACCCGGUAGAUCUCGGCACAUUGGUGAUUGCGUAUACUCGAUCCAUGGGUCAAGAUCAUCACCUUUACUCCCUUGUUGAACAUCUUGUCAUUUGCGACUCAACCUACUCUCACACGGUACAAGGUCUCGAAUGUCUUUUAUUGUUGGCCAAAGCAUAUACCGAUAUUGGACAACCUCGGCGAAGCUGGAGUCUGACUCGUCAAGGGCUGAAUGUAGCGCAGUUGAUGGGUCUCGAUCGGCAGACACAGCUGGCGGAAAGGAGUGCCUUUGUUUGGCAUUGUCUCUAUCACAACGACCGCUUCACAAGCCUUCUUUUAGGUCUUCCAUACGGUGUCAAUGAUGCACAUUUUCCCCAUCUCACAGUCUCAAAUACUGGAGAUGCAGAUUUCGUCCCACACCUGUUCACUCACAAAUGCGCCUCCAUUUCCGGCAAGAUCCUAGACCGAGAUCUUAUGGUUGUAAAGCCUUCAUAUGCAACGACAAUAGAUCUUGAUGAAGAGCUCAGCUCAAUCGCAGCUACUUUACCAACUGAGUGGUGGGAUGUGCCAAAUGAGUUAUCCGGGACAGACACAGAGAUCGAUCACAUACGGACACGCCUUCAGCAGCACUUCUACUUCUUUCAACUCAAGACCUACUUGCAUCUGCCAUUCCUGAUCAACGCAUCAAAGUCCGAUCCGUAUCACCACAGUAAAAUUGUUUGUAUCGAGGCUGCCCGCCAAAUGUUGAAAAUCUUCCUCAUCUACCAUACCAUGGUCAAUGGAGAGAAACUCUUCGAGUGCAAAACUGCAGACUUCAUUGGUUUCACAGCAGCGGCUAUACUUCUGAUUGGCCUUUCCAAGCUGGAAUCUGGACCUAGUCUGGUACUUUCGGAUAACGAUUCGCGGGUCAUCUCUUCAGUGAAGGCAAUUUUUUGGGAAAGUGAGAGGAAAGGCUGCUGUAUAGCAUCUCAAUGUUACAAAGCUUUGGCAUUACUUUCUUCUGCGAACGACCCCACCAUGCAGGAAGACGUCAAGAUACCAAUUCCAUACUUCGGCGUAGUUGUUCGAAGGCAGGUUGAGCAUAACAAAUCCUGUCCUACCAACGAUCAGAACCAACGCAACGGUCAAUCCUCGUCUAGGACAACUCCUUCUACCGAGCUUGCUGUCGCUCCAUCUUCGAGUCUGCAACCAUUCGUUUCUACAAGCUCAAUUCCCGCGACUUAUGAUUACAUCAAGUCAAUGCCUUCCAUGGUGGACGACAUGUCAUGGGAAGUCGAUGAGUUCGGUAAUCUCCCAAUGCUCGAUCCUGCUCAAUUCUUGAACACGGGAAUUAUGGAUAUUGAUCAAGAUUGGAUGAUGUUCCUGAAUGACAAUAUGUCGUGAGCUUUACCAGGGCUUAUUCAUGGCAAUGGUAAUGACUUAAAGCAAAUACAUUUGCUCGCUGCUGAUGCGAGGUAUGGUGUGAAGAGCCAUCGUCUAGGAGAGAAGCGUAUGUGCUACGGCAAAGGGACGUCAGUCUAACUUUGGGAGGAUGCAGAGUGGCAGUUCAGAUUGCAGUUUGUUUUCUCGAUCGGGCCUGUGCUGCACGGCAUUGUCCCUCGCUAGGUAUG